UUCACAUCAGCACAUUUGUGUUGAGCACAUAGCAUUCAAGUGUGGAUAGCUCUCACGUUUCCCUAUCCCAUUUUGGCUUCAUUAGAAACUUUGAAAACUCUAAUUAUGGAUUUGCUUCAUUUGCUGCCAAUGGCUAUAAUUAUGUUUCUUAGCUAUAUUUGGCCGAGUCUGGCAUACUGGCAUUUACUUGGCUGUCAGAUAACAGCUGUUCCUGUCGUGAUCCUCCGAAGGGCCAUUAAUAUUUUGCCUCCUUGUCACGACGAACCUCUGGCCCCAGCCCUCGAACCCUCAAGUCAGAAAAGUUUAACCUCUCAGAGGGAUUGAGCAGCACAGGAAGAAGCUCGACUUUUAAGGCAGUUUUUCUAUGUCAAUAGAAUAGCUAUAAAUGACUGUCAAAGUGAGCACAAAUUACCAUGACCUCCAUGUCAAGCAUCUGAGCCAUAAAAAAUAGGCACCACAAGAAAAAGAUAAUGAGCAAGCAUGACAAAGAGAUUUUUGGACUCAUUCUUUGCUCCAAGCCACUGGCUGCUUUGGGCAUGUUAGUCAACAGGCUGUCUGACAAAUGAAGUCUACCUUGGUUUGGUACGCGUAGGCUGAGGCAAGAGGC